AUGACGGACGACCAUGACGUUGGCGCCUUUGUGCUCUUGCUCGUGCAGGACUUUCUCAAAGCGUCAAGCCUCCACAGUACCCACCGUGCCUUUGUCCAGGAACUCCAGAGCCUGGAGCGGCCGUCGCCUUCGGCCAGCGUCUGGUACCACAUGCUCGACGUGGCGGGGCUGCCCGCGCUUCAAGACAGCUUGUACCGCGAGAAGCCGCCGUCCUUCUUGCAUGUUCUUGUCGAGUUUGCGAUUUCAGAGCGCGAGAAGCGGCGGCGGGCAGCCGGUCCCGUGCUCGUCCAAGUGGCCGGUGGCUUGCGGCCCAAGUCGGCCUUCGCAGCGUCCACACCACAGCUGCCAACGUACUCCAAGAUCGAUACCACCACCAACAACAGCAACAGUAGCAAAAGCAACAACAACAACAACAACAACGACAACAAAAACAGCAGCAACAACACCAACAACAAUCAAGACGAAGAGAGGCGGGCGGCGCGCCUCGCUCGCGCCUCGGCCUCUCUCUUGACGCUCAAGCCACGCCAAGCCAGCGCCGCGUCGCAACCGAGGCGCAUGGUCAAGAACGACGUGGGCGGGCGCAGUAGUAGUAGUGUCGACGAGAACGGCGUGCCCGCGCCCCGGAGCCCGGCCUUGGAGCGCAUCCGGCGCCUCUCCAAGGUCGCGACGACGACCGGUAUCUUUACAUUGCCGCAGAUCGUGACGCUCCACGACGACAAGUCGAUCGCUCCCGAGUCCAAGGAGGACGACGCGAACGCGGGCUCGCACGAAAAGUGGAUUCCAGAGCACAAGCGCGUGUACCGGCUUCGUCGGCAGCUCCUCGAGAUGCACGUGGACCUCAAGGCCCAAGAGACGUUUGAGAAAGCCAAGUACUUUCAGCAGUUUGGCAAGCCGCCCGUCGUCGGGCCCGACGAGCGCGUCCCCGUUGCAUGCAAACUGUGCUUGGCCAUCUUCCCGAAAUGCAAUCUCGUGCUCGACAUCCCGUACAAGAUCAUCAUGGACCUGCGGCGACGCUGGGAUGCGACCAUGAAGGAGCUCAACCCGAGCCUGGCGCGGCCACCCGCGUGCUACGACUGCGUCAAGGUCUGCGCCUUCUGCGCCCAGCUCGUCCAGCACGCGCACGAGCAAGAGAGUGAAAAGCCAGACAAGGUCAAGACCAAAAUGAAACGAGCGGCUGUGGUUGACGUGGCGCGCCGCCCGUCGAUCGGCGUGCCAAGCGGAGCGGACCCACCGUGCACGGACCCGUACGCACUGGACCCGUACUUUUCCGAGUCGAGCAGCUCGGACGACGAGGCGAAGGAUCGGUACAUCAUUGGCGCGCUUCCAGACGACGACGAAGCGCGGCUUGUGAAAGGCGAGGUCGGGCGGCAGCUGCGGUACGGUGUCCAGCACGAGCGCACGCACCGCAAUCUGAACCGCGGCGAGUGGGGCGUCAUCAUGGGCGACUCGGAGCCGCGGGGGCACAUCUUCAAGCACAACUCGCUGGUAACGGGCGAGCGCACGCUUGCGCCGUCGCUGCGCACGAUCUUAAACGACAGCCGCCACGGUUCGUGAUCAAAUACAUACACUAUUCGGGAAAUAGGUGGAAAUACAAACGAAAACGACGCCGUUCGUGGGCGGAGGCGACCGCAAGUCGUCUUACUUCUUGGCC